AUGGCGAAGGGGAAGCAUAAAGAAAAGAAAGGCACUAAAACUAUAGUUCUUGAAAAGGAAAUUGAAGACGAAGAUGAUUCACCAAUGGAAUUGAGUAAAGGAAACGCAGAAACAAUAGAUCUGGGAACUAGGGCUAGCUCAUCAAGGAGUCAAAGAAGGGUGAUGGAUAAUAUAGAAGGGGAAACAUAUCUGAAGAAAGAGGAGAAACCCAAAUCAUUAUCAGUCUGGGAAAAUUUUGAUGAUAAACAUUUCAGAAAUGCUGUUGUGCCUUUGGAUUAUAUUGUUCCUAUGGAAAAGGAUUGGAAGAAGGUGGCUAUGGUACAAGGGAAUAACCUAUCACCAGAAUUGAGUACUGAUGAUCUUCAAUAA